UGCGGCCAGAGGUGGAUUCCACAAGCCUAGAAACUGACCCUCGUGGAACGAGGAAGGAUUUUCACCCCUCCGCACCACCGCGAGCACAGAGCGCCGCGCCAGAAUACUGGGAUCUUCAAUGGCAGGAGAAGGAGUGAUCAGAAGACCGAGAUGAAUUUUAACACUAUUCUAGAAGAGAUUCUUAUUAAAAGGUCACAGCAGAAAAAGAAGACAUCACCCUUAAACUACAAAGAAAGACUUUUUGUACUAACCAAGUCCAUGUUAACCUACUAUGAAGGUCGAGCAGAGAAAAAAUACAGAAAGGGAUUUAUUGAUGUUUCAAAAAUCAAGUGCGUGGAAAUAGUGAAGAAUGAUGAUAGUGUCAUUCCUUGUCAAAAUAAAUAUCCAUUUCAGGUUGUUCAUGAUGCUAAUACACUUUACAUUUUUGCACCUAGUGCACAAAGCAGGGACCGGUGGGUGAAGAAGUUAAAAGAAGAAAUAAAGAACAACAAUAAUAUUAUGAUUAAAUAUCAUCCUAAAUUUUGGGCAGAUGGAAGUUAUCAGUGUUGCAGACAAACUGAAAAACUAGCACCUGGAUGUGAAAAAUAUAAUCUUUUUGAGGGUAGUAUAAGAAAAGCACUACCUCCAGCACCAGAAACAAAGAAGCGAAGGCCUCCCCCACCGAUUCCAAUUGAAGAAGAAGAAAAUAGUGAAGAAAUAGUUGUAGCUAUGUAUGAUUUCCAAGCGACAGAAGCACAUGAUCUCAGAUUAGAGAGAGGCCAAGAGUACAUCAUAUUAGAGAAGAAUGAUGUUCAUUGGUGGAGAGCAAGAGAUAAAUAUGGGAGUGAAGGAUAUAUCCCAAGUAAUUAUGUAACAGGAAAGAAAUCAAACAACUUAGAUCAAUAUGAAUGGUAUUGCAGAAAUAUGAAUAGAAGCAAAGCAGAGCAACUCCUCAGAAGUGAAGAUAAAGAAGGUGGUUUUAUGGUAAGGGAUUCCAGUCAACCAGGCAUGUACACAGUCUCCCUGUAUACAAAAUUUGGAGGGGAAGGCACAUCGGGUUUCAGGCAUUACCAUAUAAAGGAAACAACAACAUCCCCAAAGAAGUAUUAUCUGGCAGAAAAACAUGCAUUUGGUUCAAUUCCUGAGAUUAUUGAAUAUCAUAAGCACAAUGCAGCAGGUCUUGUCACAAGGCUGCGGUACCCAGUUAGCGCAAAGGAGAAGAGUGCACCAACCACUGCAGGAUUCAGCUACGAAAAAUGGGAGAUUAACCCUUCAGAGCUGACCUUUAUGAGGGAGUUGGGUAGUGGACUGUUUGGAGUGGUGAGGCUUGGCAAGUGGCGAGCUCAGUACAAAGUAGCAAUCAAAGCUAUUAGAGAAGGUGCCAUGUGUGAGGAGGACUUCAUAGAAGAAGCUAAAGUGAUGAUGAAACUGACACACCCGAAGUUAGUACAGCUGUAUGGUGUAUGCACCCAGCAGAAACCAAUUUACAUUGUUACUGAGUUCAUGGAAAGGGGCUGUCUUCUGAAUUUCCUCCGACAGAGACAAGGUCAUUUUAGUAGAGACGUGCUGCUGAGCAUGUGUCAAGAUGUGUGUGAAGGAAUGGAAUACCUGGAGAGAAACAGCUUUAUCCACAGAGAUCUGGCUGCCAGAAAUUGUCUAGUAAACGAGGCAGGAGUUGUGAAGGUAUCUGAUUUUGGAAUGGCCAGGUAUGUUCUAGAUGAUCAAUACACAAGUUCUUCCGGUGCUAAAUUUCCUGUGAAGUGGUGCCCACCUGAGGUGUUUAAUUACAGUCGCUUUAGCAGCAAAUCAGAUGUCUGGUCAUUUGGUGUUUUAAUGUGGGAAGUAUUCACUGAAGGCAGAAUGCCCUUUGAGAAAAACACCAACUAUGAAGUGGUAACCAUGGUUACUCGGGGCCACAGACUCUACCGGCCGAAGUUGGCAUCCAAAUAUGUGUAUGAGUUGAUGCUGAGAUGUUGGCAGGAGAAACCAGAGGGAAGGCCGUCCUUUGAAGAUUUGCUGCGCACGAUAGAUGAACUAGUCGAGUGUGAAGAAACUUUUGGAAGAUAAGUGGUGGUGUGACCAGUGACUUCCCGAUUCCAAAGCAUGAUGAAGAAAUGGCACUUUGUGGCUACCUUUUAAUUUAUUUAGCACUUGGGUGUGUGGAUUGUUUUAGUUAUAAAGUGGAAACGCCUAAAGCAUUUGCUUCUAGACCAGCCUUAGCGCUGUGACUGAAUCUUCUGGAUUAUGGAACAUGCUGCCUUAGAGAUGGUGAUUAAAAGUACUCACUUUUAUCCACUCCACAAGUACUCAAGUGCCCACUAUGUGCUGGGUACUGUGCCCAGGCCCCAGGGUUUGCUCAUUUUCGGGAUGCACAUGGGGCCAUGUUAGCUGGUGCCAAUGGAAGGCCAGGGAAUUUGGGAAGGAGAAGGGCAUUAGGGCCAUGUUCCAACAACCCCCCUCUUCCCUUUGACUUCUACAGAAAUCUGGGUCUGGGGCAUUGCCUGGAAUAUGGGUUCUGAAUGAAUCAGGAACCCACCUUGGAUAAGUACCUAUCUUUUGUUUUGAAAACAUCUGUUUUCAAGACUACCAUAAGUAUUACAUUAAAAAUAUUUGUAUGCUGUAUAUAUUGUAAAUAUAUAUAAUAUAUAAAGUUAUA